CCGUUCAGCGACGCGCGCAGUUUUCACGAGGAUUCUUAAACAGUCUCCAGGCAACCAAAACCUGACGAAACUCAUCUCGCCCCUCCUCUAACGAUGACAGGGUCAUUCAGUGCUCUAGCGAGAUGUGGACCUACGAUGUUUUAAGUCAGAGAUCUCAUUGAAAUGCGUUGCUCUGGUCACAUCAACUUUUGAGAGAGCGAAGUAGCCAGCAUUUUUGUGUCUGUGCAUUAAGGUCGUAACGUUAACAGGGCCACCUCAGAUUGACCUAUUCUCAAAUGGACUUUGAUUUUGUAGAAAAGCACAUAGGGUCCAUCUUUAAUCAAGAAGAGGAGGAACAAAACGUGAUUGUGACCUUACCUUGACUUUAAUAGCCUGAUUGUAAUGGCUAUGAGAGGAUGACACCAGGCUAUAUCCGUUCUUGCUUGUAGCUUAACGUAGACAUCAGAUCAGCAUCAUGAUGAGAAUCACCUGACUGGAGUUUACAAAUUUCCACCUUUCCAUUCAGCCUCUCUCUCUCCCCUGACGGACCAUGGCCACCGAGCUUCCGAUGCCUCAGAUCGAAGUGGAAGACGUGGACGGGCCGGACUGUUUGGACGGGUUGGACCCGCCCUCGGACGAUCACCUAAGGACGCUGAAGACCCUGACGGAGAAGCUGAGGCUAGAGACACGACGGCCAUCCUAUCAGGAGUGGAGAGCCCAGGUGGAGGCCCACAGUGCGAGGAGACCCACAGUCCCAGGAAAAAAGACACAAGACCUGGGGCAGGGCGACGGCAGCAGCAGUAACAACCAGAGUCCUACAGAGGGGAGGCAGGGGGGAAGCGUUCUGAGUGGGGACGUCUCAGGAGACACCAGCCCGCCCUCAGGGAACCUGAAGGGGUUUGGGAAUAUUGACGAGGCGCUCGUUUGGCUGAGGAAGGAACUGAAGGAGAUGCGUCUGCAGGACCAACAGUUGGCGAGGCAGCUCAUGCGUCUCCGUGGCGACAUCAACAAGCUGAAGAUUGAGCAGACGUGCCAUCUGCACCGGCGCAUGCUCAACGACGCCACCUACGGGCUGGAGGAGCGCGACGAGCUGUCCGACCUGCUGUGCGAUGGCCCGGUCACGCCAGGCUUCGGCCUCUCCGCCCCUCUGCGCCUCAUCGGCGUCACCAAGAUGAACAUCAACUCCCGCCGCUUCUCGCUCUGCUAGCAGCGGACCAAGGCAGGGGGUCUUAAGCCUACUCCAGAAAGGCCCAACACUGAGAGUCUUCUACCUAUACCUGGUCCAAGUGCACCUGAUUUGAAGACAGAGUUUGUCUGUCUGUGACUGUGACUGUGACUGUGGCUCACCACUAGAGCAACACAUCUUGAAUAUCCUGUUCUCUGUGAGGUCAACUGGCAUGUCCUUUCAUCCUUCCCUCCUCUGCGUACCUGAUCGCCCUCAUCAGUAGCACGUCUGAUUUAGCUAAUGGAACACACCGAUGUGCUUAUGUGGAAGGGUAGAUGGAGCUGGGCUGGAGCUGAAUUGAAAAAACACCAGGACUAAAGAAAGAUGAUGGGGCAGAGAGCGGAUAGCAUUCACAUAAAAAAAGCCUUAGCAUCUUCCUCGUUUGCAGGAAGUCAAUGCUGGACUGAUCCCCUUUGGACCCUUCUGAGUUGCAUGUGCACCAGAUCUGCACUAGAUCCUGGCCAGAUGUAGAUUCCCCUCCCCACUAGAAGCUGACUUAGGUCUAUCCUUGACAAGGGAUCCAUUGGAUUUGUGAUCCAGGAUCCAGUAGAUGUGGGGAUCCUGGGAUACACUGGGCCAUGAAGGUUCUGAGUCACCUGCCCUCUGAGCUGAGUUUCAUACUGGCUCCCUACCACACCCCCCCUCUUUCUCUCUCUCUCUGUCUCUGUCGACAGUACAAACUUGUGGGUCGGGGAUCUUCAUGGAUGAUUGCCUCAUUAGCAGUGGCCCCUCAUGUAAAGCCAAGUUUGUGUAGCUCGUUUGCCUCUUGAGUUUUGACUUUUUGCCUUCUGCCUUUUGCUGACUAAAGCCUUAACGUUCUUUGGAGAAAACCCUUUCAAAUGUAGCCGCACAUUUAACGCAUAUCCCCAAAGGAAGAAAUGCACAACUGUCUUUGGUUUUGUGUGUGUGUGCGUGCUAUUACUUUCAUGGCUGUAAAGAUAAAGAAACUUUAACAAAUUUUGUUAAUUUUUACCCAAUAUCUUCUGCUAUUCUGUACAAUGAUAACAAUAAACAAAACAUCUUAGGAAAUAUCCUGUCAGUCACAUUUGUAACUUAGCCAACAACUCAGCAGGGUUUUUGUCUGAUUUUCCUGCCGAGUAAAAGUCUGCAAUGCCAUGUACAAAGACUGUAACCAACGAGACAGUACUGUUUGUACAGUCAGCUGCUGUAUUCAUACUCAGUCAACCUGCAAUAAUUCAGUGCAUCUUGCGCAGGAGGUGCUUGCGGUGUGAAGGGUCGCUUGAGGCACGCAGACAGUAUGUGUUAAUUUAAUGCAUUUUUCCAUGUCUAC